CAGUGGCGACAUUUUGGGACUUGCGCAGGGUGCUCUCAUGGUUUGGAGUUUGGGAGCAGAAGCGAAAGGCUUCAAGGUUCGCUUGGCUGAGAGAGGAUACGUGUAGUCCUCCCAUAGACGGCGAAUGAUGGUGCUUCAUCUACAUGAAGCGCAGACAUGGCAUAUAAGCGGAUGUUCAGCUGAGUUUGGGUUUGUGGUGGCUUCAGACCCGGAAACACAUGCAAGUGCAAAUUGUCUGCAUGAUAUCGGUACCUGAACGGAAGGUGCUCGGCAGGACGCAAAGCCUGUUGUCGAUCCAGGACGUAUGUUGAGCCUGCAUGCUCGGCAGUUUUGCGGACAGUGAUGGCUGAGUACUGCACAAGAAGCGUGUGAUCUAUAGGGAUCUGCGGCUGUUGGGACGAACAAUGGGCAUGAUGGUACUACUGGCGUUUCACUCCUCAACAACACGGACAUGAUCGAGGAUUUUGCGUAUCGUGCGCUGCCCACAGGCGUGGUGUUGGGCAAAGAGACCAGCAAGACGUUCUAUGGCAAAUCGCACAACAAGAGCUAUUAUCUCGGAUGCUCCACGGGCGGACGACAUGGAUGGAAGACUUCGAUGGAGUGCUCGUUCAACAAUCUCACGUCUUGGAGCUUCCACUUCCUCCCUCUUAUAGGGACUGAGGGCGCGCCGACGUUCGUUCCCCUGAACAUGUGGCCAACCAUCCAUCAAUAUAUUCUGAAGCAGUGCGAUGAAGUUGAUGGGGUAGCUGAUGAGAUUUUCGAGUUGGCAGACCUUUGCGAUUACGAUCCAAGCGGGCUCCUUAUCUUCUCUCCGCUGUAUGCCACUGAUGACAGUGUAGUGUACCCUCGUCUGCAGCCGGGUGCUGAGGCUACCGAGGCGCCGUUCACGUACUUCAGUGGGCAGCAUUUUGCUGCAGCGGACUGGUUCUCAUAUGCUAUCUACAACAACUCCUACAGGGAUCCCCUCAGCCUCAAGCCAGAAGACUACCAUCUCUCGGCAGAUCUGAACCUCUUCAACAUCGGGACCUGGGAUGGCGGCCUCUCAGCGUUCAAGGACCGAGGUGGAAAAGUACUACACUACCACGGUCUCGUGGACGCUAUCAUCUCGUGCGACAAUUCGCCACGCUACUACGAGCAUGUGUCGCAGACCAUGAACCUGGACUCAAAAGCGCUCGAUGAGUUCUACGAGUACUUCCGAAUCUCAGGGAUGGUGCACUGUGGCGGUGGACCAAGGGCGACCUUCAUUGGGAACCAACGGCGGAACACAGCGAGUCUGGAUCCUGAAGAGAACGUUCUGACGGCAAUUGUGAGGUGGGUGGAAGAGAGCAUCGCGCCGGAGACUAUUACUGGAACGGCGUACAAGAACGGUAGCCAGAGUGCUGGAGUCGACUUCAAGAAGAGACACUGCCGCUGGCCUUAUCGAAAUGCGUACAAGGGAAUUGGCGGUUAUAAGGAUCCGAAUAGUUGGGAACGUGUUGUGGAUGAGAAGGCGUGGAGCGACACCAUAAUGUUGGAAUGGUUGUUUUUGGCAGAUUGUACCUACAGCAUUCAGUAGAGCGUAGCUUGUUAGUUGAGACACUUUGUAAGCCAAGCCACUCCUCAACCUGUUUGUUCGAGAAGCAUUAUGUGUGGGCGGCCGUGAAUGUCAGACAGAAGUGUUGCCAUGGAAAGGCUAUUACGUUCACAGGUGACUGCGAAGCAUGAAGUCUCAGCCAGCUUCGUCGAGAUCGACAGAUGGCUUGACCCGGC